CCAACCGGUUCGGUUUGUUCAGAGCAGCUCUCGAUGGCUGGCGGAUGGUUGUCGGAAAGCACGUCUGUCCAUGAUGACAGUUUAUUUCGUUUGGCGGAUGUUUGACAAAGUGAUACUGAAGGACAAUGUCCAUGCCGAUGGCAAUGCGGGAAAAGGCGAGGGUAGCGUUUAAUUAAAUAAUUCGAUGAUUUCCGUAGAGCACUUGAAGAGAGGUAGCGCACGUGGUUCGUUUAUCGUUAAGUGGGUGAUAAUUGGUUCCCACCUGGGUUGAGGAUCUUCAGUUGUGCAGGCACAGUCGGAUAGCAGUGAAUGCAAGUGUUUGUGUUCUUGUUAGUGUGACAGUGAAAAGAUGGUUGUGACAUAGUUGUAAAUUCGAAAUCCAUCCCCACUGGUUCAGUAGCGUCGGAUUGUCGUCCUGUUGGAGAAAAAUCCGGUGCAAAUGUGCAGUGUGAUAGAUUCCGAUUCACAGUGAUAGGACCAGAUAACUGCUCUAGGAUGCGAAGUAAAAAUCAGUUUUUAGAAUAGCGUUUAGAAUCAGUUUUUAGAAUAGAUCAAAAAUGCACGUCCCAUCGCAACACAAACAUCCGUCGGUAAGAAGGGAUUUGGAAGAAUAGAAAUCUUCCUGUGAGUGAAUGUGACAGAGAAUCACUUAUGCUAUCACCAAGGUAUUUUUGAGUGUUAUGUGUGCGAUUUGUAGUGUGUCGGAUAUGCAGUGCUCUUUGUGCUAUGUUCGAAUAAUAUUUGUUAAACGUGCAUUAAAAUAGCAAAACUUCGUGUAACGAUAGAAAACCCGCCGCGAGAGUAUAUCAAAACGCUAGUUUCACUCGAUGUUCAAAGAGAGCAAUGUUCACACUUUCGACUGUAUAGGAGUACCAGUGGAUGUGAGGAAGGUAGGUCGUGAUAGGAGUGAUAGGGAUAUAAAUGAAGGAUGAAGAAAUAUCACCCAUCGACGAAUAACCGCUGAACUGCUGUUAUCGCAGCGAGUGUUUGGCGGAGCGUUAAGGAUUUAUUACCGCAAGGAAUCAUAUAAAAGGAUAUAGCUCAAAGCCAUGGAUCUAUGUAGACAUUUACUCAACAUGAAAGUGGUGCUCUUUUUAGUAUUGUACAUUAAUCUAGGUAUAUCAAACACACUGCACUCGAGCGAGGGUCACCAGCGCCACACGUCCUCGUCGGCGGAGCAUCAUCAGCACCAGGACCCACCGGACGGAUCGGAUACGGCAGAAAACGAGAUUUACGAUUCAGACGAGAGCAACCUUCUGCGAACACCGCUCGACCGGGGGCCGUACUUUGAUUUAUCGGCUUCGAAGAACAUCACUGCCCUGGUCGGCAAAACGGCCUAUCUCAACUGCCGAGUGAGGAACCUGGGUAACAAAACGGUAUCCUGGGUUCGUCAUCGGGAUAUACAUCUUUUAACUGUAGGUAGAUUCACGUAUACGUCUGAUCAACGAUUUCAAUGUGUGCACAAUCUACAAACUGACGAUUGGUCGUUACAGAUUCGCUACCCCCAAAAGCGAGAUACCGGUGUAUAUGAGUGCCAAAUAUCGACUACGCCACCAGUUGGUCAUUCCAUGUACCUUUCUGUAGUGGAGCCUGUUACCAUCGUAGUGGGUGGACCGGACAUUUACAUCAACACCGGAUCAACGGUAAACCUAACGUGUGUUGUGCGGAACUCUCCGGAACCCCCGUCCACCAUCAUCUGGACCCACAACAAUCAGGAAAUUAAUUAUGACUCACCCCGGGGCGGUGUGUCGGUGAUAACGGAAAAAGGCGAAACAACCACCUCGUACCUGCUGAUCCAGCGAGCCAAAGGUGCUGACUCGGGAAAGUACGUCUGCUCUCCGUCGAAUGCCAACUCGUACUUCAUCAACGUUCACAUACUGAAUGGCGAACAUCCGGAGGCGAUGCAGCAUGGCGGCCAGCUGCGGAUAGGCGAUCCCCUGCACGUGUUCGUCUUCGUAAUCAUUACACUGCUGCUCGGUAAUCGAUGAAGUUUGCUUCUCUUACCAGGAUUUGUGUUGAAGGCGUAAGCGAGAGUCCACCGAGCUGGACUGGACUGGACUGGACAGGGCGAGCAAUGGUAGCAUAUUGUAUAUGUAUAGAUAUAAUGAAAUGACGUCCCACUGUGGGGCGACGGUCCACUGGAGAACAACGGAUCCACGGCGUAUUUCUGUGCAAUGGACAGUGAAACUGGUGAUUUAAUUUUUUGCAAUCAACAUUUAGGCUUAUACGUGAUUUUGGAACCAGGUUUAGGUUGCCGUGCGUGUGAAUGUGUGAAUUUGACGGAUUUAUCGUUCGGUUGUGACAAUCACCGAAACCGAAACAACGCGUUGGCUCUGUUUGCAAUCGACACUCGGUCCGUUUCAUCGAAAUUCAAAGCGAAAUUGCUUUUCAUAUCUGGACACAGCAAAUCAUCCUGUUUCUAACCUUCGGUUUUGAUACCAUCACUGUUAUACAAUGCAAAUAUGAAAAUUCAAAUGAAAAAUAUCCCAUUUCAUAGAUCCGUCGAAAUAGCGAUAUAAAUGUUAUGACAUGAAAGCACCUUCGGUUGAUGGUACCGGUUUGAGUAGUGGGAAAUUUCCGAAAAGAAAUUAUAAUCUCGUUUCGGUUGUAAAUUGAUGCUUCUCAAUUAUGUCGAUUAUCCUUUUUUUUCGUUAUUAAUAUCACGUGUCAUUCGACGGGGCUCGAAAGUCCAAGCCUCCCAAAAAAUAAAUUCUGUGAAUUAUGAUUUAUUAAUGAUUUGAUUAUCUCCCGAUGAAAAAAAAUGUUACUAUUGAAAUUAAUUGAUAUGAAAGCUGGCUAUCAAAUCACAUACCAUAUCCAAUUUUGUCAUUGUUGCUCUGAUUGAGAUCAGUCUUCAGUUCGCUAAUCUCACCCCAAAGCUAGUUUUAUUGCGUACGAUUGAUCAAUGACGCUUCACUGGACCAUCAGCUGUAUGUGACUAGCCUAACGUGUUGAUGCCGAGCCGUGUAAUCAUCCGUGGGUGAUGAAUUAUUGAUUUAUGUGAUUAUUAUCCUUGCUGUUGAUUCAACGGACAAGAGCCGAAUGAAUGUCCAUAGAGGUAUAAAAUUGUGCGAUAUACGGAAUCUUUGAGAUUACGCAUGUUUUUAUGAAACCAAUGUUGAUUUAUAUUGCGUAACUGAAGUUGUAGAUACACCUGAAAGGAAAUAUUGAGCCGAAUCGAAGAUAAGUUUUAAAUAUAUCAUAAUAAGUUGA